AUGUCUCGACGAAGCCAACGCCUGAUCCGUUAUUCUCAGGGUGAUGACGAUGGUGGUAGCAGCAGCAGCAGCGCUAGCAGCUCCCUGAUGCUUGGCCAGCAUGUCCCCUUUAAGGAUAGUCCCCUCAGGGCUCUGAGGAGGAAAUCUGGCAGUAUGAAGCGGCUCUCUCCUGCCCCACACCUGGGCUCGGCUUCCAAACCUCACACCUCGUACUACAGUGAGUCAGUGGUGAGCGAGUCUUACGGUCGGGGGCUCCGGGCCCCCUCUGUGACCAGGAGCUCCAUCCUGCACGAUCAGCUGGACAGCGACUCCUCCUGGAGUGGAGACCUGAUGGUAGGGAGGAGAAGAGGCAUUGGAGGCCCCGAGAGUAGCAAAAUUAAUAUACAAACUGAGGACAAAAUCUCCUACGACACAUACGGCUCUUCGUCGGGGUAUUCCUCUGAGGAUGAUUAUUCAGGUAUGGACCAGCCCAGCUCUGUAUCCAGACUAAGCAAUGCCUUCUUCCAAGCUGGUGCUUUCCUGUGGAUGGUGGUCACUUUUCCAGGUCGGCUCUUUGGCCUCUUCUACUGGUGGCUUGGCACGACCUGGUACCGCCUGACCACGGCUGCCUCCCUGCUGGACGUCUUUGUCUUAACCAGGUGCUUUGCGUCCCUGAAAAAGUUGCUUCUGUCUUUUUUACUGAUGUUGCUGUUGGCUUCACUUGCCUUUGGUGCUUGGUAUUUCUAUCCCUACGGACUGAAGACCUUCCACCCUGCUGUGUUUUCCUGGUGGGCAGCAAAGGGAGGCAACAAGCGAGAGGUAUGGGAGCCUGUGGACUCCAACUCCUAUUUCAAGGCUGAACAGCAUAUCCUGUCAAGGGUACACGCUCUAGAAAGGCGCCUGGAAACUGUGGCUUCCGAAUUCUCUGCCCUUUGGCAGAAGGAGGCAACCAGGAUGGAGCACCUGGAACUACGGCUACAGCAAGGGGCCAGCGGAAAUGGAGGGGUGAAAGGCCUGAGCCAGGAGGACAGCAUGAUCUUCUUGGAGGGCCUGUGGAGCCGCAGAGAAGCUGUUCUGAAGGAAGAAUGUCGCAGAAAUGCCAUGACCCACAUCCAGGAAGAGCUCACCAUUCUGAGGGCAGAAUAUCAGCAAUAUUUGGAUAACCAAAAGAAGAUUAUUCAAGCAUUCCAGGACUUGGAAAGCAGAUUCCUCCAGCUCAAGUCUGAGUGGCAGAGUCUGAGCCAAGAAGAGGCCAGCCAGAGGCAAGCAGCCAUGGAGGCCCUACAGCAUGACGUAGAGUCUCGGGGACAGGAGAUGCAGGCCAUGGUGCAAGCUCAGCUGCGGGACCUGGAGCACAGAAUCCUCACACAAAUGGCAGAGGAACAGGGGAAGUUUGUCAGGGAAACUGCUGCCCAGGUGGAGCAGACCCUUGACAAGGAAGGAGUGGCUGGGAUAACGGAGGAGAAAGUACACCGUAUCGUGAACCAGGCCCUGAAGCGCUACAGUGAAGACCGCAUUGGGUUGGUGGACUAUGCCCUGGAGUCUGGAGGGGCCAGCGUGAUCAGUACCCGCUGCUCGGAGACCUACGACACCAAGACGGCCCUUCUUAGUCUGUUUGGCAUCCCUUUGUGGUACCGUUCCCAGUCCCCAAGGGCCAUCCUCCAGCCAGACGUCUACCCUGGCAAUUGCUGGGCAUUCCAGGGAACCCAGGGCUUUGCUGUGAUUCGGCUGUCUGCUCUCAUCCGCCCCACUGCCGUCACGUUGGAGCACGUGCCCAAAGCCCUGACCCCCAUCAGCAACAUCCCCAGCGCCCCCAAGGACUUCAUCAUCCUCGGCUUAAACGAAGAUUUGCAGCAGGAGGGGGCCGCCCUCGGGUAUUUCACCUAUGACCAAAAUGGCGAACCCAUUCAGACUUUCCACUUGCAGAGCAACAACACAGCCAUCUACCAAGUGGUGGAGCUUCGGAUUCUAAGCAACUGGGGUCACCCUGAAUACACCUGUAUCUAUCGUUUCCGGGUCCACGGGGAACCCGCCUAUUAGGCCCUCCCCACGGGUCCCUUUUAGCACCCUGCCUUUCUCCCUUAGCCCACCUUCCCUCCACCAGCAAGCAGCUCCCCCACCUCCUCCCCUGACCCUGUGCUUCACACCUUCGAGGCCCCAUGGCUUCCGGGAGCCAGGGAGGAAGUGGGGGCUCACUGUGUUGAGCGCCUAAGGGAGCCGGGUCAGCUAUUUCUGCUUCCUAUUCCCCAUCCUCUCUAGGGUCAAGCCUGGCCACCCCCGGAGGGGAGGGUGUAGAUAUAGCUAUGUACUCUUAUGUUGGGGCUACAAGGGACGCAGGGCCCCUAUCCUGCCAGAGCCCCAAGAACAGGCCCUGAUCUUGCUCUGGGACAAAGAAUUGGGUCUGUUCUGGGGGUCACAAAGCUGGGAGCCAUUGUCUUUCCUGGGCAUGUCCUAGCAGGUGACAGUGACCUCUGGUGACUAAGGGACCUUAGAGGAAGACCCUGUCAGCCCCCUUGCAGGGCUCUCUUCACCCCGGGGCAUGACAGGUCCAGUCUUUGAGAUCUUAAUUAAGCACCUGUGACUAAGCACAAUUCCCAGGGGUUUUGUUGGUUCUAGCAAGGCCAAGAGCCUCGAUUUGGGGGGAUAUUCUGCCUCCAGGAUCACUUAAGGUGGCAUUUAGAUACUGUAUGUCCCCAGGGGUAUAGCCAUGGCUAGGAGACCCCUUCUACCCACUGGGGCUCAACUUAGAGGAAUUGAGGUGUCCCGGCAUGCAAGAAAGUCAUUGGAUACAGCAUUAAUCAUGGAUUAGAUUAUGCUGUAGGGAUGGGGGGCAGUGAGGGAGAACUCAGAGUGCUGAGGACCCAGGCUGGAGGCUUCCCAAGGCCCCCACCUUGACCUAAUUUUUGCCCUUGCCAGGCUGUAAGUGCAGCCAAAGGCCCCUGGGAGAGGGCAUUCCUUUUUGCUACUAGUUGCCAGUUCUUCUGCCUCUAACAGGCCAAGGGCCCUCUUCCUCAUCCCAGGGCCAGACAGGGUGAUGCCUUCAUCCACCUUUUCACCUGGAGCUCAGUCCCUCUGGGCCCUCCUUGCAGUUGAGGAUAUGGUGGUGAGGGAUACAGGCAGGGGCCUCCUUUGGUCUUGGAGCUUGUUACAGGUGACCCAGAGAUGACUUGUAUUGAGCCCAGGCCGGCCUGCUAUGCUCCAGGACCUCUGCAGGGAAACUGGGAUCUGGGGCUGGCUAGGUUAGUCGCACAAGGAGGAGGGUAGGAAUUCAGUUCAUUGGGACAGGGAUGGGGGGAAGCUUGUUGCUGUUAAGACUUGGUGGGGAGGGGAGGGCAAAUUAUUUGGCCCUGCGGGCCGAUUGUAUUAUGUAUAUAAAUAUAGAUUUUUAUAUAUAUAUACACGUAUAUAUUUCACAGUUUUUUUAAUCAGAAAGGAAAGCUAAGGGUUUCAUUCCUGGCCUCCUCCACUAGGGCCCAAGGUGAUAUUCACUCCAGCCCCAACUCAGGAGGGGGCUUGACAAGCACUGAUCCCCACUCCCUGCAACCUCCAUUUCCUUUUCUGUCUGGAGAGACUCUAGGGCUGAGCACUGGGUCCUCCGAUCCAGCAGGGGUGCACACUCCUUGCUCCGUAGAGAGCCAGGGCUAGCGGCCUCACCAGCACAGCCUGUCCUCUCCUCUUUCCCAGGAAACUGUCAUCUGAACAGCCCCAGCCAUUACCUACAGAUGUGGGCUUAGCUUUUUUUCCAUCAUAAAGGCUACAUGUUUAGAUCCUGAGUUCUAUUUUUUCAUCAACAGAUUCUAAUUUAUGUUUAUGCAAAAAAAUAAACUUUUCUCUUGGA